UUUCUCAACGAAUACGUACUUCUUUCCUGGCCGGACAAAGAUAAACUUUAAAACGAAGACCUCAGAUCCAUCCUGGCCAGGAGGCCGCCCAUCCCAGGACAGCAGAGGGGUGGCGGCUUUCCCGGAUUCCAGCCGCUGGGUCCGGCCCUCACUUUCUUGGCGGGUCUCCUGGGUUACGUCCCAAGCCCCAAACUGACAAAACCGUUCAAAACAAGACAGAGGGGGUGGCGCGCAGAGUCCGGGCCAAGGCAGCGGCUAGGGUCAGGGCAGCCCAGGUCUCGUAGGGGCAUCCCUGGGGAGCGGCUCCCUUCGUCACGUGGGGCCCGCCCUGCGACGGCCGGGGCGCGGCGUGUUGCAAGCUCUCGGCACCCGUCCUGGAGCUGGAUUUCCGUGGUUGUGUAAGACGGAGGCAGCGGCGACACCCCAGCUUCGACGCGUGGGGUCCCGGGCUCGGCGAUGGCCGGCUUGUGCGGGGCCCGUGGCGCUCUGUCGGCGCAAACGCUGCUGUUCGACCUGCCGCCGGCGAUGCUGGGCGAGCUGUGCGCGAUCCUGGACAGCUGCGACGGCCCGCUGGGCUGGCGUGGUCUUGCGGAGCGACUUUCAAACAGCUGGCUGGAUGUUCGUCAUAUUGAAAAAUACGUCGACCAAGGUAAAAGUGGAACCAGAGAAUUGCUGUGGUCCUGGGCACAGAAAAACAAAACCAUUGGCGACCUUUUACGGGUUCUCCAGGAAAUGGGGCAUCAACGAGCGAUCCAUUUAAUCACAAACUAUGGAGCAAGUGCCAAUCCUUCAGCGCAGCAUCAGCAGGCGAUUCCAUUUCACGACCCAACACCCAAUGUAGAGCGCAUGUGCAGAGAAAACGACCCAGGACCUCUGGAACCAGCUAGUGCCUCAAUGAAUAGUGUUCUUGUUCCAGAGCAUAAUGAAAAAGGAAUACCGCGUGCAUCCCCCAUCAGCUUCCAAAGUGUCCUAGAAGGAACCGAACAUUUCCACAAAGACUUCCUAAUUGGAGAAGGAGAGAUAUUUAAAGUAUACAGAGUGGAGAUUCAAAAGCAAACGUUUGCUGUUAAAUUAUUUAAACAGGAGAAAAAAAUGCAGUUUAAGAAGCACUGGAAGAAAUUUUUAUCAGAGCUGGAAGUUUUGCUCCUGUUCCGUCAUCCGCACAUACUAGAGUUGGCAGCAUAUUUCACCGAGACUGAGAAACUUUGUCUGGUUUAUCCAUAUAUGAGCAACGGGACACUUUUCGACAGAUUGCAGUGUGCAAAUAAUACAGCCCCACUUUCCUGGCACAUUCGAAUCAGUGUGUUGAUAGGACUGUCCAAGGCCAUCCGAUACUUGCACAACACUCAGCCAUGCUCAGUCAUCUGCGGCAACAUUUCCAGCGCAAACGUACUGUUGGAUGACCAGUUCCAAGCCAAGCUAACUGAUUUUGCCAUGGCCCACUUCCAACCCCACCCAGAACAUCAGAACUCUACCAUAAACAUGACGGGCAGCAGCAGGAAACAUCUGUGGUACAUGCCUGAAGAAUAUGUCAGACAGGGGAGACUUUCCGUUAAAACCGAUGUCUACAGCUUCGGAAUUGUGAUCAUGGAGGUUCUGACAGGGUGUAAAGUGGUGCUGGAUGAUCCCAAACACGUUCAGCUGCGCGACCUCCUCAUGGAACUAAUGGAGAAGAGAGGCCUCGAUUCAUGCCUCUCCUUGCUAGACAGGAAAAUACCCCCCUGUCCUCGGAACUUCUCUGCCAAGCUCUUCUCUCUGGCAGGCCAGUGUGCGGCAACUCGGCCCAAGUUAAGACCUACAAUGGAAGAAGUCCUGAAUGCUCUGGAGAGUGCGCAGCCGAGCUUGUAUUUUGCAGAAGACCCUCCCACGUCACUCAAGUCCUUCAGGUGUCCUUCUCCUCUGUUCCUGGAUAACGUCCCAAGCAUCCCAGUAGAAGAUGAUGAAACCCAGAGUAAUCAUUUAGUACCACACGGGAAAGCACUGAGAACAGAUAGAGUGACUCAGAAAAUCCCUUUUGAAUGUAGCCAGUCUGAGGUCACCUUUCUGGGCCUGGACAGAAGCACAGGGAACGAGAGAAGUGAAGCUCCUUGCAGCAUGCUCAGUUCCUCUUGUGAGGAAUGUUGGCUCCCAGAGCUUGCAGCAUCUCCUCAGGACUUAAGGCCCACUGAGAUCAGUUUGGGCUCCUCUUGGGAGGUACCUGGACAUUCUUAUGGGAGUAAGCCGAUGGAGAAGAGGUACUCCUCUGGACAAUUCUACAGUGGGUAUGAACAGUCUAAAAAGCAGUGA